UCCAGACAGACGGAAGACCACCUCCUCCCGCCGCGCACCAUGAUCCAACUCUCGCCCAGCUGUCUGACGUCUCCAAACCGUCGCGGAUUAAAUCAAGUCGCCAGGUCUUGAGAGAAGCUGAGCUUAGAAGUUCACCUUUUUUUUUUUGAAGCGGGACUGUUGACCAGUUUGACUCCCAUCGCGGGCUCUGCCUGUUCUGGUUUGAGGGGGGAGUUGUCCCCUCAGUGCUGAACCACAAGCUCACCUGUAGAAGUCAAAUCAUGCGCUCCCGGGCUGCGCUCCCCCGGUUUACCUCCCUCCUGUUUCUCCUCUUCCUUCCUCUUGUUAUCUCCUCCUCCUCCGCCUCCCAGCCCCAGUGGGUUCUCCAGCGUGUCCCUGUGGUCCUCCCACAGCAGACGGAGGUCCGACCAUCCCCUCACUUCCUGUCUCUGGCACGCUUGGAUGUCAGCUCCCCCUGUGAUCCAGAAUGCCAUAAGAGAGCCCCUCGUCCGAGUUACUGGGACCUGUGGGGCCUCCUGGCCUAUGAGACACUCCACUCUGACGGUCAACUUACUGAAACCACUGUUGGGAUCUAUGGUUACAACCCCAGUUCAAACACAAGCCUGGCCUACUCCUCGGGGUCGUCUGGGAAGUCUGGACGAGCACACAUCAGGAGAAAGCGACAGAUCUUUGGACACGAUGGGCGUUUUAGCAUUGCUGGGCAGAACUUCCUGCUUAAAUAUCCAUUCUCAGUGUCCGUCAAACUGUCUACCGGGUGCUCUGGUACGUUAGUGGGGGACCGUCAUGUUCUCACAGCUGCUCACUGUGUUCAUGAUGGUAAAAACUAUGUGAAAGGAGCCCAGAGGCUUCGGGUUGGGUUUUUGAAAACCAAGCAACGAGACUCACAGCCGUCUUCCUUUUACCCUGCCUCCAACUUCACCAACCAUGUUGAAGGGGGCCCAGCUCCUUACGCCCCACCAACCAACGACAAAAUGAAGUUCCAGUGGAUCAGAGCCAAGCGCACCCAUGUUCCCAAAGGAUGGAUUAAAGGGAAUGCUAAUGACAUUGGGAUGGACUAUGACUAUGCAUUGCUUGAACUCAAGAAACCCCACAAACGCCGCCACAUGAAGUUAGGAGUCAGUCCCCCGGCCCAGAGGCUGCCUGGUCGACGAGUCCACUUCUCAGGAUUUGAUAAUGACCGUCCAGGCCAGCUGGUGUACCGGUUCUGUCGGGCCGGUGAGGAGACUCCAGACCUGCUGUACCAGCACUGUGAUGCACAACCCGGGGCCAGCGGAUCCGGAGUCUACGCCCGGAUGUGGGAUGGGCGGCGCCGGCGCUGGGAGCGGAAGGUGAUAGGUGUGUUUUCUGGGCAUCAGUGGGUGGAGCGACAAGGAGCGUCUCAGGAAUUUAAUGUAGCAGUGAGGAUCACACCUCUCAAAUAUGCUCAGAUCUGCUACUGGAUAAAAGGAAACUUUGUGGACUGCAGAGAGGGUUGAGGAAAAGGUGGAGACGGAGGAUGAGGACACAGGAGUGUAGCUGAAGAAACCACAGGACCACCACGUCCUCAUACAUCAUACUGCAAUACUGGGGCCACGAGAAUCCAAACUUUUCACCCAACUACCUGUAGGACAGAUGCAGCAUCACUGUAAAUAACAAAAUUUGUUUGUUGCCCCCAUGCAAAUAUCAGUAAUGAUACUAAAUUAUGUAAACAGGAUGUGUUCAUUUACUUUUGCUUAGUUUUGCAUCUUCACUCACAUUUCUGAACCGUGUAAAAGUUAGUGGUGUUCGUUUUAAGUGAGAAAAUGUGGUUUCACAGAACAGAAUCGGGUUCGUCUGCUCAGUAUCAAGUUAACUAGAGCCGAGCAGACGUGGACUGAUGUAGAAAAGAUGAUUUUGGAAUACACGACUCAUCACAUUACAAGCUGCAGGACUGGAAAAAAAACAAAAACAAACAAAACAAAUGGUUAAACUAUGCAUCAUAGUCUUUCUUUUUUUUUCUUUUUUUUUUUUUUAAAUUGUGCUAACACUAAAGAUUGCACUGUUAAAAUUCUUGAAGUUUUUCUACUGUAAAUGACUUUUGUGGAUGAAUGUACAAAUCAGCUACCAAAGAUGCUGAGUUUCACUCCAAACUAUCAUGUAUCUCCUGUCAGUGGGCACACUAGUUAUGUAAAGGCAUAAUAUACAGCUGAAUCAAUUGUUUUGGAAUAACAUGUAACUUGUGACACAGAAUGAUAUUAAAUGAUUGCAGAUAACUCUU